AUGCCAGAGGAAGAGCAAGAUUAUUCACGAUCCGCAGAAUCUCACCGAAUUGUGAUCCCCAACGAAGUUGCCACGCCACGAUCAUCCUCCAGGAAACAGAGUCUUCAAAGGAGAUGCUGGCUCUGCUGUGCUUUUACCUCCACGCUCAUAUUCAUCACAGGAAUUGUAUUGUUGAUACUCUUUUUAACGGUGUUCAAGGUUAAGAAACCGAAAGUAAGUUUCACAAGUCUGUCAAUCGCAGGACUUCAAGGUGUCAACCCUCUUAAUCUUGGAGAUUCUGCAAAUUUGACAGUUGUAGUUGAUGUUUCAGUAAAGAAUCCAAAUGUAGCAUCCUACAAGUUCAAGAACGGAACGACGGAGAUGUAUUAUAAGAAAGUACAAGUGGCUGAUGCUCACAUUCCUGCGGGUAAUGCCAAGGCUAGGAGAACAAUGCACAUGAAUGUGACAGCGGAUUUUAUGCUGUCAAAUAUUGCGAGUGUUGAUGGAUUGGUUAGCGACUUGAUGAAUGGAUCACUGCCGUUGCAGACGAGCACCAGCCUCAAAGGGAAGGUGAAUAUCAUAAAUAUAGUUAAGAAGAAAGUAGCGGUGAAAGUAAAUUGCAGUUUGACAUUUCUGAUAGCGAAUCAGACACUUCAAGAUCUGAAGUGCAAAUCUGAUGUUGACUUGUAG